UUGAGUAUUCGUUUAAUCUGAUUUGCAGGUUUUUAGGUUAAUUUAGGAUCAGGAUGUUAGAGCAGUUACUUAUAUUUACGAGAGGAGGUCUGAUCCUCUGGACAUGUAAGGAGCUUGGCAAUGCUCUUAAGGGAUCUCCAAUCGAUACUCUGAUCAGAUCCUGCCUCCUGGAGGAACGAUCAGGCGAUGCUUCUUACAAUUACGAUGCUCCCGGGGUGGCUUACACCCUCAAGUGGACUUUCCAUAAUGAUCUUGGUCUGAUCUUUGUUGCUGUCUACCAACGGAUUCUUAAUCUUCUGUACGUCGAUGAUCUUUUGUCUAUGGUGAAGCGCGAGUUCUCACAGAUUUAUGAUCCAAAGCGCACAGCCUAUAAUGAUUUUGAUGAUAUAUUUCGGCAGCUUCGGAAGGAGGCUGAAGCGAGGACGGAGGAAAUGAAGAAAUCAAAGCAGGCGGCCAAACCUGUGAGCAAUUUGAGUAGGAAGCAGGGACAGGCUGCCGCUCAGAAGGCUGGAUCGGAGGGUGGCGUUAAGCAAAAAAAUGGUGCUUCAGGAAAGGAUGGCGGAGAUGGCGAUUAUAAAAAAGGCCGUAAGUCGGAGAAUGGAUAUUCCAAUGGUAUUGGGAUUGAAGAAUCUCAUGCGGCUGGUGUUGUAAAGAACAAAGAGAACGGAAGUUCCGAAAACGGGGCUUUCGAUGUAAAUAAACUUCAGAAACUAAGGUCCAAAGUUGGAAAGAAAUCAGAUACUGUUAGCAAGGUUCCCAAGGCGGAGCCAAAGAAAAAGGGUCCAAAGAAAAAUAGAGUUUGGGAUGAAUCACCUCAAGAGUCAAAGUUGGAUUUUACGGAUCCGGCAGAUGAGAGAGGGGACGAGAACAUAGCAGUUAUUGCAGAUCAAGGUGAAAGUAUGAUGGACAAGGAAGAAAUUGUUAGCAGUGAAAGUGAGGCUGAAGACGAUGAAGAGAUAGAGAAGGACAACAAGGGUAAUGCAAAGAAGAAGGGGUGGUUUUCAUCAAUGUUCCAAAGCAUUGCGGGGAAGGCAAAUCUAGAGAAGUCAGACUUAGAACCAGCUCUGAAAGCUCUUAAGGACCGGCUGAUGACCAAGAACGUGGCUGAGGAAAUAGCUGAGAAACUAUGUGAAUCAGUAGCAGCUAGUCUUGAAGGGAAAAAGCAGGCAUCGUUUACAAGGAUAUCUUCGACAGUUCAGACAGCAAUGGAAGAGGCUCUUGUUCGUAUUUUGACUCCUAGACGCUCCAUUGACAUACUGAGGGAUGUACAUGUUGCCAAGGAGCAAGGGAAACCAUAUGUAGUUGUCUUUGUUGGUGUCAAUGGAGUCGGAAAAUCAACCAAUCUCGCCAAGGUUGCAUAUUGGCUUUUACAGCACAAGAUCAGUGUCAUGAUGGCUGCAUGUGAUACAUUCCGUUCAGGAGCCGUUGAGCAGCUUCGAACUCAUGCCCGUAGGCUCCAGAUUCCUAUAUUCGAGAAGGGUUAUGAGAAAGAUCCGGCUAUUGUUGCCAAGGAAGCCAUCCAGGAGGCUGCGCGCAAUGGUUCAGAUGUUGUUCUUGUUGAUACAGCAGGGAGGAUGCAGGACAAUGAACCACUGAUGAGGGCGCUGUCCAAGCUCAUCAACCUUAACAAUCCAGAUCUAGUCCUGUUUGUUGGAGAAGCAUUGGUUGGGAAUGAUGCUGUUGAUCAACUAUCUAAGUUCAAUCAGAAACUAGCAGACCUCUCUACCUCACCAACUACCAGGUUGAUUGAUGGAAUCCUGCUCACAAAGUUUGACACCAUUGAUGACAAGGUUGGAGCUGCCCUUUCUAUGGUUUAUAUCUCAGGAGCACCUGUGAUGUUUGUUGGCUGUGGACAGUCCUACACAGACCUUAAGAAGCUCAACGUUAAAUCCAUUGUCAAGACCCUCCUUAAAUGAUCUACUUGGUCUUGUCCUUUUAUAUUUCAUUCAAAUUCCUUGAUGCUGCUGCUACUACUGUCUUGAACUUCCAUGUACCUGCUUGUACUGUCUGUGCCCCCUAUGACCUCAUCUAUUUGACAUUGGAGGUGAACCGGCUGUUUGUCUUUGAAUAAGUGUUUUGACGUCGAGUC